UAGACAAGAAGACAAAUCCAUCUAGUCGAUCCUCUGACGGCUUGAUUUCUUGCAGCAAUCAGCUUCUUCUUGAUCUCAUUAUGAUGCACUUUGCAGAUUUUGCUCAGUAAUUCGCAGCCGACUCGGAGGAGGCUGUCCUGAUGAAGUGUCGGCAGAGGGAGGAGGAACCCAGAGAGAGGAAGGAAGCGAGGAUCACGUCACGGAGACUCGGAGUGAGACGGACUGAAUAGUGUUUAAUGGACGAUCCUUGAUGCGGGCCGGGGACCGAGCUGGGGCCAAUUUACGUCUGUUUGCGGCGCGUUGGACAACGAUGAUUUUGUUAACUUGCCGGGCGUGAAAAAAAGAAGGGGGGGUGACAAAGCUCUUCGCAGAGGAAACGGCAACACAGAAGCAGCAGCAGCAGCAGUAGCAGCAGCAGUAGCAGCAGCAGCAGAUCUCAUCUUUUUCAGGAUCUCCUCUACAGCAGAGAAAUGGAAAUGUGUGUGUAGCCCCUCCGCCUCCUCCUCCUCAUCCUCCUCCUCCGUUUGCCUGUUUACUGAAGGAUUUGGAAACAGCCCGGUCGUGACAACUUGGAACUUAAUGAGUGGAGGAGACGUUUAGUUCAAAAUCCUCCACGGGACUUUUGGUUUCAUUUUUUGAACGGCGGGGGAAAAAAACCGAGAAGCAGCGAGAUCAUCGGGAGAAUUAACAGGUCACAGCUCCGACACAUUGAAAAUGAGUGAGCUGGAGCAGCUUCGUCAGGAGGCCGAGCAGCUUCGGAACCAGAUAAGAGAUGCCAGGAAAGCAUGUGGAGACUCAACCCUGACACAGAUAACUGCUGGUCUGGAUCCUGUUGGGCGGAUUCAGAUGCGGACAAGACGCACCCUCCGUGGCCAUCUUGCCAAGAUCUAUGCCAUGCACUGGGGUACAGACUCACGGCUUUUGGUUAGCGCCUCUCAAGAUGGAAAACUGAUCGUCUGGGACAGCUACACUACUAACAAGAUACACGCCAUCCCUCUGCGCUCCUCCUGGGUAAUGACCUGUGCAUAUGCCCCCUCUGGGAACUAUGUGGCCUGUGGAGGCCUGGACAACAUCUGCUCCAUCUACUGCUUGAAGACACGUGAAGGCAACGUCAGGGUCAGCAGGGAACUACCCGGACACACAGGUUACCUGUCAUGUUGCCGUUUCAUUGACGACAAUCAAAUCAUCACGAGUUCAGGAGACACCACGUGUGCACUGUGGGACAUUGAGACGAGCCAGCAGACCACGGUUUUCUCUGGCCACAGCGGCGAUGUCAUGAGUCUGUCCCUGUCGCCCGACCUCCGCACCUUCGUGUCGGGAGCCUGCGAUGCUUCGGUCAAACUGUGGGACAUCAGGGACAGCAUGUGCCGGCAGACCUUCACAGGCCACGAGUCGGACAUCAACGCCAUCUGUUUCUUUCCCAAUGGCAGCGCCUUCGCCACAGGCUCCGACGACGCCACCUGCAGGCUGUUCGACCUGCGUGCAGACCAGGAGCUCAGCCUCUACUGCCACGACAACAUCAUCUGUGGCAUCACCUCUGUGGCUUUCUCCCGCUCCGGCCGCCUGCUGCUGGCCGGUUACGAUGACUUUAACUGUAACAUCUGGGACGCCAUGAAGGGAGACAGAGCAGGAGUCCUGGCCGGCCAUGACAAUCGUGUGAGCUGCCUGGGUGUGACGGAUGACGGCAUGGCAGUGUGCACUGGGUCCUGGGACAGCUUCCUUAAGAUCUGGAACUGAGCCAUGCACAUAAACAGCAAACACACAUACACACAUACACACACACACACACAGCUCCUAUCUUGGGGCACAGUUUGCACCCUGUAUUCACACUGUAUGUAAGAUUCAACAGACAAACAUUGUACUGUACAUAAUAUAUAUGACUUAGGUAUGAAUUUACACACGCAAACAGAAACACUGUAUGCAGGACGAGAUGACACAUGCCCACAUGACCUGCAGCUGAUUUAAGUGCACAGCAGCAAGACUACAGCAACCCCCCCCCCCACCACCACCUCCCACCCCGCACCGCACCACAAACACACACAGAGUCUGUAAAAUGUGACCAAAUACAGCUCAGUGUCCAGCUACUCAAAUAAAAACACACAUACCACUGUAACCUGAAGCCUUUUAACACAUGCAUUCAGUUCACACACAGACGCACACCUUUUUCCUGAGAGACACUGCUCCUCAAGUUAAGCGGAGGAGAAGACGUCAUUGGACAAUUCUGUCUUUGUUUACAAUGUCCAAAAUGCACUUCAGACUAAUUUUUCUGUUUUUGUCUCAGUGCUGUAAGCAUCUCAGCAAAAGGUGAUGUGAAAGAAGACUCACACUGAAACAAAUCACAUCACUCACAGACAGGAUGGACCCGUGAUCGACAGAGUCCUAGGAAAAUCUUGAUUCCUUCAUCUGGACAUAACGUAGUCAUGGUUUUUAUAGUUAAGAACCCCCAUAUUCAGUUUAAAGCUUUAGUUUUUUUGUUGUGCUUAUUAUUAUUUUGUUUUGUUUUUUUACACUUCUUUUCUUCACAUUCUCCCCGUGUGCCUCAGAUACACUUAUUAAUAGAGAAUACUGAUACAAUUAAAUGAACUCAAAACAAUCUGAGAUAAAGAUAAGAAAUUAAAGCAUUAUAAGACACAUCUCAGUGGGCAGGAGCCAGUAUUCAUACUUUGACUUCGUCACUGUAUUAUCUGGUCAUUACUAUGGUAUAAUUGUACAUAUUAUUAAUAAAUAAUAGACUCUCCUGCCA